AUGAAGUGUUUUCAUUUCACGAACGGGGAAAGAAAGGAAGAUGAAGACGCCGCCGUUUCAAAAGCAUCCAGAGUAUCCUGGGCCAGGUCCUUCAGCGUGGCGUCCAGCAGUGUUGAUACAAGGCGGUCCGAGCUUGACUCUGACAGCUACUGCUACUCUUCUAGAGACUUGUCUGAAUCAGUCGGUUUCUUCGAGUUACUGAGUCAGAGAAGAGCUAAUGAUCUGCGAGUCUUCAGUUUUUCUGAGCUCAAAUCUGCUACGAGAGGGUUUAGUAGAGGUUUGCUAAUUGGUGAGGGAGGCUUCGGCUGCGUUUAUAGAGGCGUCGUUAAAGUUCCAGCUGAUCAUGACUCUAAUUCCAAGAUGGAUGUUGCUAUAAAACAGUUGAAUCGUCAAGGUUUCCAGGGGCAUAAGGAAUGGAUUAAUGAAGUGAAUUUCUUAGGUGUUGUUAAGCAUCCAAAUCUUGUUAAACUAGUGGGGUAUUGUGCUGAAGAUAAUGAAAGAGGGAUGCAGAGGCUUUUGGUUUAUGAGCUUCUGCAUAAUAAAAGCUUGGAAGACCAUUUAUUAGCGAGGAUACCGCCCACAAAUCUUCCUUGGAUGACAAGAUUAAAAAUUGCUCAAGAUGCAGCUCGCGGAUUGGCUUACCUUCAUGAAGAAAUGGACUUUCAGCUAAUAUUCCGAGAUUUUAAAGCAUCAAACGUUCUACUAGACGAGGACUUCAAUGCAAAGCUUUCGGACUUCGGACUAGCUAGGCAGGGACCUCCUGAAGGACUCGGUCAUGUUUCAACAUCAGUUGUGGGCACAGUGGGUUACGCAGCUCCAGAGUAUGUUCAGACUGGCAGGCUUACUGCAAAGAGUGAUGUAUGGAGCUUUGGGGUGGUUAUGUAUGAGCUUAUAACAGGAAGGCGAGCAGUAGAGAGAAACCUUCCUCGGGGUGAGCAAAAGCUCUUGGAAUGGGUAAAACCAUUUGUAUCAGAUUCGAAGAAGUUCCACCUUAUUGUUGACCCACGACUUGAAGGACAGGAUUGCUUCAAAUCAGCUCAGAAAUUAGCAGCCUUGGCAAACAAGUGUCUAGUUAAGCAGCCCAAGUCCCGCCCUAAAAUGAGUGAGGUAGUAGAAAUGCUGGGAAACAUCAUCGCUGAGACUUCAUCUCAAGAUGAAGGUACCCCUGAAAGUGUCUCUGAAGUUGAAGAAGUUAGGGAAGAGGCCACUGAAGAGACUGAGGCUGAGUCUACCAAACAGCGAAACAGUUACCGGAAGAAGGUUUUUGAUAUAAGAGAAAUGGUCAACUUGAGAAAUAGAUCCAUUGGUAAAUUAGAUUGGAGAAACUGGAAGCCAGGAUUGGUUAGAACUUCAUGA